CCAGCUUUUUUCCUAAGUUUAUAUGUUUUAAAAAGAUAUUUUGUCAUUGAAAAACCUUUAGACCAAACAAAUGAGGUGGAAUAUUUAGGGCAUUGUUGCUGUGGCUGAAGGAUUACUCUCUUUCUUCUGUGAUCUUGCUACAACUCCUCAGAUUAAAGACUCUUCAGUCAUUUGCGACUUCAAGGAUGCAUUUUUCCACAGUUGUAAGUCCUUUAGUGUUCAUAAAUUUGUUUUUUUCAUUAGUGGAAACCAAGUUCUACAGACCCUUCCAGUUCCACCAGUAUAAAACUGGGGUCAGUCCACAUUAUGAGCAAGGGAAACCCACCAGCAGACACAAGAACCACUGUGCUUACGUCACAGAGAAAACUGUGACUUUCACUGUGCAUGAUGGGGCAGCCCCUUACGUAAAAGCUGAGUACAACAAGUGUUCCUGGGGCCAAAAAUGUCCACAACUCUUGUAUCGUCUACUGUACAAGCCAAUUUACAAGGUGGCUCAUAAAACAGUAACAGAACUGGAGUGGCGUUGUUGUCCUGGGUAUUCUGGCUAUGGCUGUAUGGAAGGGCAUCCGAUUUAUCAGCGUCCUAUGAGAAUGUUCCCACCAUUUAAAGGUCCACAGUUUAAAGGGCCACAGCACAAAGGGCCCAUGUCUAAAGGUCCCAUGUUCAAGGGUCAAGCUAUCAAUCCUGUUCUGAAAGCCAGCCCAUGGAAUCAAUUUAAAGGACCUCCUGCAAGCAGUUUUAACCCUUACCCAGUGACCCACUUUGGGCCUCCGAGGUCUUCCUCCUAUCCAGACACCUCCUUUGAGCCUUAUCCAUCUGAACCUGAACAUGUACCAGAGCACCAGGAGCCACAUCUCACAGACAGCGAUCAGGAAGAUGACCAUGAGCACAGCCAAGGACCAGAGGAAAUGAUGCCAGAGGAAAUCCCUGCUAGUGUGUCUGCUGAAGAACAGCCAGAAAGUGAGACCACAGACCAAGUUCUCAAUAGUGAGACUGAGGAACGAAUAUAUCGAAUGGAGGAGGAUGUACGUCGUCUAAGUCAGGGUCUGGAGACACUGAGGGGAACCGUAGCUGGACUGGAGGAUAGCCUACGAGCCUCGCUAAGAGAGGAUGCCAACAGGAUGCUUUCAGCUCUGCUCUCUGCUGCCCCUGGUCCUGUUCCCGCUCCAGCUCCAGCUUCUAACCCAUCCACCGUUGGGUUUGUUGAAAUUCCUGGGGGACACCUUGAUACAGAAGGUUUAGAUGGCAGCCACGUGUUUCCAGACCUCACAGAACUGAAUGGAAGAGUGGAAGAGCUCAGGGCAGAGCUGCAAGGAAAGACAACAGAGCUGCAGGAGCUAAAAGCAACAGUAAUGGGACAUGAUGGAGUACUGAAGCAGGUUUCAAAUGAAGCGGGAAUAGCAUCAGACUCCACUGGCGAGAGUUUGAUGGAUGCCAAGCUAAGCGCAGCCAGGACAGAAAUCCUUGGCGGACUUGAGAAACGUGUGGAGCAUGCAGAAGAAAGGUGCGAGGAGAAAGCUGAGGAUGAGCGCCGUCAAUGCCUGAAAAAGCAAGGCGAGCAGCAAGAGCAGAUGAGAAACUCUCUGGAUGAAACUACACUGAAGCUGAGAAAUGAGCUGGCUAACCUCCAAGCACAGAUCAAUGAUUUAAAGGCCACAGAGGGCUGCUGUGAUAGGAUGAGUGGACUGGCAGAAAGAAUGCAGCAGCUGGAAAUAUCAGUGGCAAGCCUUAAUCAGUCCCAGGGGCACCUGAGGGUGGAGCUUGGUGGCCACAAAGACCACAUAGAGGGAAUGCUGGAGGGGCGUCUAGGAUAUGUAGAGGCCAAGCUUAACCUGACAGGACAAAUUAAAAGUGAUGACUCUGGGAGAAGGAAUAGAGUCUUAGACAAAACUGUGACAGGACAGGGCUUGGAGGCUAGAAUAGAGGGUAAGUUGAAAGCUCUAGAGGGUCGUUUACUUGCAGCUUUGGAGGAGCUGGGUAAUGCCACCGCCCCUGCACUGCUGGAAGGUCAUGCUGUUCCAACUCUGGAGACAGAGCUGGAGUCACUUCGAGGAAGACUUGAACUGGAUGUGGACAGAGUGCAAAAACACCUGAACAGCCUUGAGAUUCUCUGCUCCUCCUCUUGCUCUAAAACUCAAAAAUCUGCCAUUCAGAGAGACUCUGCUGGACCAAGUGAAAACCAAGAAGCAGAGCAGAGUAUCAAGGAGGUACUCCACAUGCAAGGUGACCGUUUGAAUAGCCUUAACGUUUCACUACAGAGCAUCCUAAAUAAAGUGAACUUUAGGGACAAACAGAUACAAGCAGAGAAACAGUCUCCCAUUGAGACAGAGCUAAUAGUCCUAAAGUUCAAUGUUCGCUCAGUCAACCACACCCUCAUAGACCUUAAAGAUACCCUAGGCACUGUAUCUCACCAGGUGGACCAAGCCAACAGCUCCUGGCAUGAGAGAGAGGUCCGUCUGGCCCAGCAAAUAAAAGGUGUGGUCCAGCUGGUUGGACACCAAGCUUCCAUGCUUGGUGCAGGUGAGCGCAGACUGGCUAGACUUAAAGGGGAGCUACAAGAGAUGAAGAGACGACUAGCUGAGGAGGUGAGAGGAUGUCGGAGCACAGCUAUGGUGGUCAAAAAAGAGGUAACUGAGGUUGGAGGGCGUGUCGCCAGCGUGGAGGACCAGUGUAAAGGUCUGAAUUACUUGGCAGAGGACCUGGAGAGAAUCAGGGAGGAGCUGGAAAGACAAUCAAACGGUCUUCUCCAGCAGAUCAAUGGGACGCUCUUCAGCCAUGCUCGACAGCUCUAUGAGCUGAAAGGUGAACUCAAAAACUGCUCCAGGCCAGACCCGACACAGAGCUCAGAGAUGAAGGUAGAGCCGAGACGAGGGGACACUUUCACUUUGAACUAGUUAAUUUCUUAUGGACAAUCCAUUUUUAAGGGAAAUGUAAAAUACAAAGGUUUUAAACCAGCACUGAAAUAGGAUGGUUUCAGUUACUUGACAAUAUGCAGCAAGACAAGAAAAGGCAGCUAGCUGUGACUGCAAUCAUUACAGAACCUUGACAUUGACUCAUUAUGGUGCUACAGUGAGAUAUUAUUUGUAAUCUACCAUUUUUUGGAGCCUUAGAGAGAUUAAUAACUGCACCUGUGUGACUAUAUUGUUUCUGUGAAGCUUGUCAUUUUAAGAUUGUUUUUGUAUUAUUUUUUAUUAUGUCUA